AUGAGAUGCAAUUUUUCAAUCGAGAACAUAUUGAGAAGUGGAGAGAAACGGGAUAGAGACAAUACAAUCAAAUAUAAUGAUCCUUUCCAAUCUUACUGGAUAAAUUCGAGAUAUGACAACAUACCACCAUCAGGAUUCAGUGCUUCCUAUUUCUAUCCUUACGAAAUCCUACAAAAUUAUAAUUAUUUGGUGUUUUAUUACAAUAACAAUAUCAGCAAGAAUGAUUUUGGGAAAGAUUUUAAAUUUUCUGUAAAAUCUCGGGGAUCUAUGGAAAAUAUAAGUGUGAAGAGUAUAGAGAAUCCGAUAAAAUGUACUAAUAACUCAAGAGUAUCACUUGUCAGCAUUGAAUCCUCCUGUGCGAGCAAAGAUAAUCUUACAAUAAGCAAAGAGAUGGUAGGCAGCAAAUGCCUCAAGUUGGAUAUUUAUGAAAAGUGCAAGAAGAAUAGACAAGCCUACAACCCCCAACAAUUGCAGAAUUUAGAAAUGGAAUUCAAGAAAGAACGUUAUUUGACGGUCAAUAAACGUAAACAAAUGUCGAUCAUGCUGAAGCUAUCCGAAAAUCAAAUUAAGACCUGGUUCCAGAAUCGAAGAACCAAGUGGAAAAAACAAAUGACCGCAUAUAUGAAAAGAAAAUCCCGCAAAAACUAA